AUGGAGGUGGAGGAGGCCUUCAGGUCUGUGGGGGAGAUGGGCGUCUAUCAAAUGUACCUCUGCUUCCUGCUGGCCGUGCUGCUGCAGCUGUACGUUGCCACGGAAGCCAUCCUCAUCGCCCUGGUGGGAGCCACCCCUCCGUAUCGCUGGGACCUGGGUGGGCCGGUGGCCAACGAGAGCCUCGCCAACCGGUCCGCCGGCCAGGACCGGGCCUUCGGCGACUGGUUCCGCGGGGCCAACGGCAGCGAGCUCCGCAAGCACGUCCACUUCAGCGGCAGUUUCACCUCCAUCGCCUCCGAGUGGUACCUGAUCGCCGACCGGUCCUAUAAGGUCAGCGCGGCCAGCUCGUGUUUCUUCAGCGGCGUGUUUGUGGGCGUGCUGUCCUUCGGCCAGCUCUCGGACCGCUACGGCAGGAAGAAAGUUUUCCUCACAGGUUUCGCCUUGGACCUCGUAUGCGCCGUGGGCAACGGGCUGGCCCCCUCCUACGAGCUGUUCGCCCUGUCGCGCUUCCUGGUGGGAAUCAUGAACGGCGGGAUGUCCCUCGUCGCCUUCGUCCUGCUCAACGAGUGCGUGGGCGCUGCCUAUUGGGCCCUGGCAGGGUCCAUGGGCGGCCUGUUUUUCGCGGUGGGGAUCGCCCAGUUCGCGCUGUUGGGAUACUUGAUCCGCUCCUGGAGAACCCUGGCCGCCGUGGUCAACCUGCAGGGAACGGUGGUGUUCCUCCUGUCGCUGUUCAUCCCCGAAUCCCCGCGCUGGCUGUACGCGCAGGGCCGGCUGAGCGAAGCGGAGGACGUCCUCUACCUCAUCGCCCGGAGGAACCGCUCCCCAAGAUGCACCUUUUCCCUGACGCUCCUGGAAGACCGCGAUUCCAGGGAAUCGGCCGGAUUCCUUGACCUCUUCCGCUCCAAGGUCCUCCUGGGACACACGCUGGUCAUGGUCUUCGUCUGGUUCGUGUGCAGCCUGGUGUACUACGGCCUGACCCUCAGCGCGGGAGACCUCGGCGGGAGCGUCUACACCAACCUGGCCCUCUCCGGGCUGGUGGAGAUCCCCUCCUAUCCCGUCUGCAUCUACCUGAUCAACCAAAAAUGGUGCGGCCGCCGGCGGACGUUGGCGGCGUUUCUGUUCGUUGGGGGCCUGGCCUGCCUCGUUGUCAUGUUCCUCCCUGAGAAGAAAGACACGGGCCUGCUGGCAGUGGUCAACGGCCGCUCCCUGUCCCUGCUGGGGAAGCUGACCAUCAGCGCGGCCUUCAACGUCGUCUACAUCUACACAGCCGAGAUCUACCCCACCGUCAUCAGGAACGUCGGGCUGGGCACCUGCUCCAUGUUCUCCAGAGUCGGUGGGGUGAUUGCCCCCUUCGUCCCCUCGCUGAAACGAGUGCAGUGGUCCCUGCCCUUCCUGGUGUUCGGGGUGACGGGCUUGGCCUCGGGGGCGCUCAGCCUGCUCCUGCCGGAGACGCUCCACAGCCCCCUGCUAGAGACCCUGGCCGACGUCCGCCAAGGCGGGUCCCACCGGAGGCUGGGCGCCCAAGCCCUGGCCCUGCGCAGCCCGGACGACGCCCAGUCCACAGGCCCGGAGACCCCCGAGGGGAGCGAGAGCGACGACGAAUUCUACGACGCCGACGAGGAGACCCAGAUGAUCAAGUGAAGACCCCCGGCCCCCUCGCCGGGACGGGCCGGCCGCCGGAGAACGCCCUCCGUUUCCGUCAGAGGGGCCGAGCGAGGACUGCCGGGCGGCGGGGCUGGAUUAUCCGCCGCUCUCGGUUAUCCGCGCCGCUUCCCGGCUCGCGCGGGGCGGGUGGCCGGCGGUAGCCGCGCUCGGUAGCCCCUGCGGAGGGGUGGGCCUGCUGUGAACGAUGACCUCUGGGGUCCGUGGCUCCCGCCGGACCGGACGCUCGGAAAAUGUUGGUUUUUGGAGAAAGAGACUCGUCCUCGCACCUUAGCCCGUAGCCCAACACCCAGGAACAGUGGCCCAUUUCCGACGGCGGUGUAGUAGCCCGUCGGGCCGGGGGCUUGGGUGGGCGGGCAAGGGGAGGGCAGAGCCACCCCUAGAGGGGCACGAAACGAAUCUCUAACACCCAGGGCUCUGCCCGCCGGGCACGUGCUGGCCGUGACCGGCGUGUAACGGCACGCUAAUCCACCGCAAUACGGGGUAUUGCAGCGUGUAACCGGAAUAAAAGCCCUCAGGAGGCUGGGGGAGUCACUCAAUCAAUCAGUCGUAUUUAUUGAGCGCU